UCGGGGGGUGAAGUUUACAGUGCUCAGACAGACUUUUACUGAGUUCACUGUUUGUGCGCUCUCGGUGCGUCACGCGCUCAGAAGCUCCGCUGGAAGUGCGCGUCUCCAGACCUUCAUACAUGCAAAUACAGCAAAGAAGCCAGCUUCUCUCCGACUGCAACACGCUGCUCCUUCUUCUCAAGAUCACCAAACCCGCGUCUGCGUCUUGUGGCUGAAUCAGAGCGGUGACAUGGAUGUCAUUCCGAUGUGUAGCAUCUUCCAAGAGCUCCAAAUUGUGCACGACACGGGAUACUUUUCUGCUUUGCCUUCUCUGGAAGAGUACUGGCAGCAGACAUGCCUCGAGCUGGAGCGAUACCUCCAGAGCGAGCCCUACGUCUCAGCCAGUGACCUCAAAUUUGAGAACCAGGAGGACCUGUGGAGCAAGCUGAUGCUCGCCUGUGGGGACAAGUCGAACGAGUCUGACCCAAAGAUCCCCCACAUCAAGGAGGAGGUAGACAAUCAUGACAGUCAGCACCUGGAUGGUGGUGGCUUCAACUCCGAUGCCAGCAGCGAGGCCUCGGAUAGCUCCGAGGAGCUCUCUCCCACCCUCGACUUCUCCUCCAGCACUUUGACUGAUAUUCUGGGUGACAGCGGUGAAGACUUGGGCUCUGCCAUCAUCAGCACACCGCCUUCCUCUCCUGAGCUCAGCAAGGAGGGCUCCGUGGCUCAGGUUUGGAGUGGGAUACAGACUGUGCUGCACUCACCUGGAAAAAUAAGGACUGGGGGCAUGGAGAGGAGCAUGGAAAGGUCCGGGUUGACCAGCGGGGAGGCCUCACCCGAUGUCAAAAGGCGGGUACAUCGGUGCCACUUCAAUGGAUGCAGAAAGGUGUACACCAAGAGCUCCCACCUCAAAGCACACCAGCGCACACACACAGGUGAGAAGCCUUACAGGUGUUCAUGGGAGGGCUGCGAUUGGCGCUUUGCAAGAAGUGACGAACUCACCCGACACUUCAGGAAGCACACUGGAGCAAAGCCAUUUAAAUGCAGCCACUGCGACAGGUGUUUCUCCCGCUCUGACCACCUGGCGCUGCACAUGAAGAGGCACAUCUAGGAUGGCCUCCAUGUUGAGAGCUCUGAGGGAUGAGUCUGCUUGAUUGUCCUGACCUGUAGGGGAUCAGCAAGGCCGGCGUGUCCUGGGAGCAUUAACGGGAGCACCGCCGUGUUCCAGUCAGUGGGAAAACACGAAGCAACGCAGGCUAUUAUUUGCACCAUACUCAGUGCCUCCAACACCUCGCUGUGGUGAUUGCUCCUGAAAGGCUUUUUAUGGAGGAGAGGGACGGUGAAGAGGGAUUUGAUGAAAAAGAAAAUGGGGAAAGAUCUUGGCCGGAGUAGAUGGGAAGACUCUUCUGUAUGGUGUCCAAUGCUUUUUUUCUUCUGUUCCUGGAGGAUUUUGGGGACUCCAAGGGUGGAGGUCUCACCCCUCCACCGACAGUGUGUCUGCCUGUACGCGUGGGACUGUGAGUGCCUGUGACUGGAUCCCUGAGGCGGAGCGGAUGGAGCUUGUGCGUGAUUGAUCUGCAGGGUGUGAGAUUUUCUUUUUGACGGGGUGUUAUCUGUUGUCUCACUAAGAAUGAAUGCAAGCAAAAAAAAAAAAAGGUUCUGUCUGUGUUGAGUCUGUUUGCUGGGACGGGGAGUGUUGUUUAGUGGAACUGAUAAACGCCAGAGGUCGCCCCCUAUCUGUCUGGAGGUGGAACAACGGCUCCCCGUUCAAAGCUGAGAGGAUGUUUUGUUUAGUGCAGCUAUUAAAUGUGCAAUGUAUUACGUGGCCUGUCUCGGAACAUACACGCUAUAAAGCUCAUUUUGUUGUUUCAAAGCCUUGUAUCUAAAAAUGUACAGUUAUUUCCAUUAUAACAGACAUUGCAUGGGAUCUGGGGGAUGUGUUGCUGACUUUUGCUUACAGGACCAAGUGCAGCUACCAUCAUGAUAAUAUCAGAGCAUUGUACAAAAACACAUAAGGCAGUCUUUUUCUUGAAGUUGGGGAAACCACUAUUGUUUAGUCUUGAUUUGGGGGAUUUUUUCUUUCUUCACAUUUGCUUUUUGGUUUAGUUCUAUCUGUAAAUGCACUGUUGACCUUACUGAUGCCUUAUGUAAGUGGCCUUGUCCUGUUGAAUAGAUCACGCUCACAAACACCAAACGGCCAUUGCUAAUGCAGUAGUUUGUUAUUGAAAAGCUUUAUUUAGGCUCUGAUCCAUACAGUUGCACCUUGUUGCCCUUUUUCUCUCACAACACAUUUCUUUACACUCUUUAUAAUAGUAAAAUAUCAGUUUCUGAUGACUGCCGUUUUUACCUUUCUGUUCAUUUAUUUCUUGAAUUCAUCGCAGAAUGAACUCUUCUAAACAACCCUGUGGAAACCCAGAUGAUCUUUGAGCGUUUUACUACUGUGUAGUACAGGAGGAUGUGGAUGCAAUGCAGACGAGCUCUAAAAUGCUGGAAGAAGGUACCGAGCUGUGGAAACGUGUUCUCAUGACAUGUUGUGGUCGGUCGCAAAUGAUGGUGGCACAACAGAUUUUACAGCGAAGGAAAGGCGUCCGUCAGAGGCGUUUCUAUUGGCCGAUGUUGAAAACAAACAUUCUCUAGAGCGAAAUACAUGUCCCACGAAGUUAUGACCGCAGUCUCGGUCACGAGUCUGCUUUGAUGUUUGCUUUGUUUAGUCUCGCUCCCAGCGAGUAUGUGUCUCUCCUCCGUUUAAACAACCUUUAAUCCAACUCUAAGUGGUACCAGGACCGGUCGGACCAGUUCAGCCGAGCUGUGGUUCAGGUCUGAAGGUUUCUGUGAGCUGAGGUGGGACUGGGACCAAUUUCACAUUCUGCAUGUUUGAGCAGAUCAUAUCAGUUGGAUUAAUUAGGAUUAUUGCAUCAGUGUUCCUGGUCAGGGUUUAACCCACAGUACGGCUGAACGCUGACAGGAACUUCACAAACAUCUUGUUUAUGCGCCGGUCCACCUGUUGCACAUUAACAGAACACUCGUUUUUACUCUGAGAAUUGCAAUUAGACGUUACAUUGUAAACUAAAAGUUUUCUAAGGAUGCUUAUAUUUUGAAUGGAAAUGGGACCAAAAGCAGGAGCAAAGUGUUGUUUGUAAUAAAAACAAUAAAAGGCUGAAGAACGACGUUAAAAUAGAUGCACUCCACGUUUCUUGCGUUUGUUUGUGCAACAUCUUAGAACAGAUGCAUUCUUUAAAUGUCAUCAAUGGCAUCUACACCUGUGGCCUAUCAUCUUUCAAAUAAAACAACAGAAAAACGGUUUGACGUGAAUUGUUCUGGACACUUGAAUUGUCAUCAUUUUGCAUUCUGGUGCUCAUGUAGUUUGAUUAUUUUCACAUAUUUUUUUUCUCUUGUCAAAGACCUACAACUAUUCCCUGUCUUUAGCUAGAAAAAAACUAUUGGAUAAACAUGGAAAAACGAGGCUCUAUUUUUGUUCAUUUUUAUUUCAUUUGAAAUUGUUUUGUAAGAUAGUUUCUGUAUGAAUGUAUUUUUUAUUGAAAAAUGGAUAAAACAGAUGAUUGGUUCUA